AUGCCUGCCGGUACACGCAUUCUUUCCGAAACACCUCUCAUCACCGUGCCAGGAGCGCACAAGGACCGCUCACUCGCCGAGAACGUCGCCGCUGUCUGCAAGGAGGUCAUAAGAGUCAACAUCGACACACAUUAUGAUCUGUUCGAUUUCUCUAGGCGCCUCAAGUGUGACCAGCAAAUCAUCGAGGCGGUCGAGAACUUCUUCAAACAGCCAAUGCCCGCACACCUGCUCUCCUGGUCCGUUAAAUCGUUCUCGAAGAUCUUUGCUUUCUACCAGGGUCACGCAGUUGACCUGCCCGGUAAAGAUGCGAGUGCAUUAUUUUAUCGAUACUCCCGCAUCAACCAUUCCUGCUCGCCAAACGCUCAAGCGUACUACGACCCUGCCAAGCAACGCCAUCAAGUCCAGUUGGUCAGGGAUGUCAAGGCCGGCGACCAGAUCUUUGUCUCGUACAUCUCUGGCACUGAAUUCCCUCGAGAACUCCGGCAUGCCAACAUCCUUCUCGACGGCCACAAGUUUGUCUGCGACUGCACCUUGUGCAACAGCCAGGAGGCCGAGGCCGUCUUGAAAAGAAUCCCCGACUUGUACCGGGAACUUUCUGACUUUCGGAACAGGGUCUACAGCUACGGGAGACCCCAACAAGCCAACUCGGCCUCGAUUCCGCGGAAGGAGGCCCUCGGGGCGCUCUCCAAGGUAGAGGAACUGCUGGGCAUCCUCCGGCACCCUUCCGUCGACGUGCUGGGCCCGCCCCUCAGCCUCGCACUCCAGCUCUGCAUCUGGCUUCAACGGGAGCUCGGGAACAUCAGAGCAGCCGCCGCGUACGCGAGAGAGAGGCUGGCCCUGCAUGCCCGUCUCUACGGUUUCGACGCUGAUGAUGUUCUUACCUCCGACUUCGCAGCUGGAACGCUGCGUGUACUGGAGAAUGAGCUCUCUCGCAUGGAAGCUGGGGCUCCCUGGGGGCUUUACUUGGUGCCCGUGGGUCUGGGAGAGGAUUGA